GAAAACAAAGUGUGGUGAUAUUUUUCUGAUGUGUUGGAUGAUUUUCCCUCUCGAACAAAACAUGAAGAGACUUCAUUAAUUAUUAGUAACAGAUGAAGCAGAGUAAUCAGAAAUUGGUUGGUUCAAGGAUGACGAUGAUAUUUGGAACGUUGCUUUUUCUGGGAUUCUUGUCAGCUCAGAUUCAAUUCGUCUUUUCUUUCACUGAUCCUCAAGAUGUUUCUGUAUUAAGAUCUUUAAAGGAUAUGUGGCAAAACACACCACCCAAUUGGGAUAAAUCAGAUGACCCUUGUGGAGCACCUUGGGAAGGAGUCACCUGCAACAGAUCCAGAGUCACCUCACUGGGAUUGUCAACAAUGGGCCUCCAAGGUAAACUAAGUGGAGAUAUUGGGGGUCUUACUGAAUUAAGAUCCUUGGACUUGUCGUUUAACAGAGGCUUGAAGGGUCCUCUGUCUCCUCAAUUAGGAGACCUAAGAAAUCUAAACAUAUUGAUUUUGGCUGGUUGCAGCUUCAGUGGUAAAAUUCCAAAUGAAUUGGGAAAUCUCUCUGAGCUAUCUUUCUUGGCAUUAAAUUCGAACAAUUUGUCUGGAGAAAUACCUGCUUCAUUGGGAAAUCUUUCAAAAUUAUAUUGGUUGGACUUAGCAGACAAUCAAUUAACUGGGUCAAUUCCUGUGUCCACCUCCAUAUCUCCAGGAUUUGACAUGCUUUUAAAGGCCAAGCACUUCCAUUUCAAUAAGAACAAGCUUUCAGGUCCCAUUCCGUCAAACUUAUUCAACUCUGAGAUGGUGCUCAUCCACGUGCUGUUUGAUGGGAAUCAAUUAGCAGGGACAAUUCCAUUUACAUUAGGAUUGGUUCAAACACUUGAAGUUCUUCGGCUUGAUAGAAACUUCUUGGCUGGAGAAGUCCCGUCUAAUCUCAACAACCUAACCAACCUCAAUGAAUUGAAUUUGGCACAUAAUAAAUUGACAGGUUCUCUACCAGAUUUGUCUCAGAUGGAUACCCUCAAUUACGUGGAUCUGAGUAACAAUUCUUUUGAUCCUUCUCAAUCCCCAAUAUGGUUCACAACUUUACCAUCACUCACCACUUUAAUUAUGGAGUUUGGAUCACUUGAAGGUCCUUUGCCAUCAAAACUUUUCAGCAGUCCCCAAAUACAACAAGUGAAGUUAAGGCACAAUGCAUUGAACAACACUUUGGAUAUGGGUGACAGCAUUAGCCCUCAAUUACAACUUGUAGAUUUACAAGACAACCAAAUUACUUCAGUAACACUCAGUUCUGGAUACAAAAAUACACUGAUUUUGAUUGGGAAUCCAGUGUGCCUUACUGCUCUCUCAAAUACCAAUUACUGCCAACUGCAACAACAACCUAAAAAGCCUUAUUCCACUAGCUUGGCUAAUUGUGGAAACAAAUCUUGUCCUCCUGAUCAGAAGUUAAGCCCACAAAGUUGUGAAUGUGCCUACCCAUAUGAAGGAAUUUUGUAUUUUAGAGGACCCUUGUUUAGAGAAUUAUCAAAUGCAAAUACAUUUCAUUCUCUUGAGAUGAGUUUGUGGGUGAAGUUAGGUCUCACUCCGGGUUCAGUAUCUAUACAAAACCCAUUUUUCAACAGUGAUGAUUAUCUUCAAGUACAAUUAGCACUCUUUCCUCCAUCAGGAACAUACUUCAAUAGGUCUGAGAUUCAAAGAAUUGGGUUUCAACUAAGUAAUCAAACAUAUAAGCCUCCACCAGAGUUUGGACCAUAUUACUUCAUUGCAUUUCCUUAUGCUUUCCCAGAAUCACGUCGAGCAACUUCUCUAAGCAAGCCUAUUGUCAUUGGGAUAGCAAUUGGCUGCUCAUUUCUGGUUUUGAGCCUCAUAGGGCUAGGGAUAUAUGCACUUUUACAAAAGAAACGUGCAGAGAAAGCCAUUGUACUAAGCAGGCCCUUUGCAUCAUGGACACCUAGUGGGAAGGAUAGUGGAGGAGCUCCACAACUAAAAGGAGCAAGAUGGUUCUCUUAUGAUGAACUAAAAAAGUGUACCUCAAAUUUCUCGCACUACAAUGAGUUAGGAUUUGGAGGUUAUGGCAAGGUGUACAAAGGGGUUCUUCCUGAUGGACAAAUGGUUGCAAUAAAACGAGCCCAACAAGGAUCAAUGCAAGGAGGACUUGAGUUCAAGACUGAAAUUGAAUUGCUUUCACGAGUUCAUCACAAGAAUCUUGUUGCUCUUGUUGGCUUCUGCUUUGAACAAGGAGAGCAAAUGUUGGUCUAUGAAUAUAUGCCCAAUGGAACACUCAGAGAUUGCUUAUCUGGGAGAUGUGGGAUUUAUCUUGAUUGGAAGAGGAGGUUAAGAAUUGCUCUUGGGUCAGCAAGAGGACUUGCUUACUUACAUGAACUUGCUAACCCUCCCAUAAUUCAUAGAGAUGUCAAGUCCUCUAAUAUCUUGCUAGAUGAGAAUUUGACUGCAAAAGUUGCAGAUUUUGGCUUAUCAAAGCUAGCAACAGAUGGUGGAAAAGGCCAUGUUUCCACUCAGGUUAAAGGCACAUUGGGUUAUCUUGAUCCUGAAUAUUACAUGACCCAACAAUUAACUGAGAAGAGUGAUGUAUAUAGUUUUGGUGUCGUAAUGCUUGAACUCAUAACGGCAAGGCAACCUAUUGAGAAAGGAAAGUACAUUGUGCGAGAAGUAAGAACAUUGAUAAAUAAGAAUGAGCAAGAAUAUUGUGGUUUAAAAGAACUUAUGGAUCUAGUGGUUAUGGAAACUUGUAACCUUGGAGGGCUUCAUACAUUAUUGGAUCUCACAAUGCAAUGUGUUGAGGAAUCUGCUUCUAAUCGUCCAACAAUGAGUGAAGUUGUGAAAGCUCUUGAAAUCAUUCUUCAAAAUGAUGGCUUGAACAGUACAAAUUCCACUUCUGCUUCUUCUUCAGCAACAGACUUUGCACUUUCAAAGACUUCUCUCACACAUCCUUACAUGGAAACUUUCAGCAAAAAGGACAUUGUUAAUGAGACAAAUGCCUUUGACUAUAGUGGAGGAUACACACUCCCUGCAAAAAUUGAACCCAAAUAGAAUCAAGCUAUUUUAGUAUGUCACAAUACUUUUGGUCUUCUUUUCAUGUCACAUAAAUAUCAAUCAAGUUGUUUUCUACCUUUUUUCCCUGACUAUUAAACUAUUGUAUUCAUAACUCAUGUCAUUGAUUCAUUAUCAGAAAUUUUGUAGUUACUGAAAACUACACUAUUUCUUA